CUUCAGUAAGAAAUACCAGGUGAUUAAGCAGUGGAAGAGAGGACAGUUAUGUCCUUUUUGAGUGUUUGUAACAAGCUUCCCCCAUGUCAGCCUUCAGAGAAAGGAAACAAAUUGUUCCUUGCCUGCAGUAGAUAAGAAAAUAGUCAUAGGUUUAAAUUUCAAUAAGUAAGUUUCAGGCUAGGUGAGAGCAAAGCACUCGGAGAUCGCCUGCAGCAAGCAGUGGAGCCUCCACCAUUGGCAUCGGUAAGGACAGGUUAGACAACUGUCUGUCAGAGUGAUGGGAGUGUAAACUGUCCAUCCUUGGUGGACGAGCUGGGCUAGAUUUCAGUUAGGCUGUCCUUCAGGAAACGUGAGGAUGUCCUUCCAGCUGGCUGCAGGCACAGUCCUUCACAAGCAAUCUCAGUCUCGUUAGCAGCCAUUUCCCUAUGUCUCUGAAAAAGACUUAUGGGCUUUUUUCUUUUUUUUAAUUUAGAAGGCUUUCUUUUAGGAAGACAACAUAAUCAAUUUUUUCCUUCAUUGACUCUUCCUAUUAAUUGCCUAAACAAGUGCUCUGUGAACUCUAGUCUUAUUUUAUUCCACUUUACAUUUAAAUGACUUGGCAGAUUCUGUUACAUGUACCUGUGUUCUUUCAACAGAAGGAAGGAGGGCUAAUUAUGUCACUUCAAGAGCAAUAUACUGAAAUAUAACCUAUAAUUCAGUCUACCUCCCAAAUACUAACCGGAGUGGAAAGAAAAAAUAAUCUGAAGAUUCAAAAAAUGAAAUCUUCAGGAAUGAACUGAAGUUUCUUAACUGUGUCUUGGACCCGCCUGUCCUAGCUGUAGUGUGCUGGGUGUGUGUUGAUUGUGCAGGUGUGUGUAUCUGUCUCAGGUGACCAUCCUUUACGGACUGAAGGGGAAACUUUGGAUGAAGACGUACUGAUGGAAGAUGUGACAAGUGGUGUGAGAGACAUCAGUUGGGUUUCUGUUAGCUCUAGGUGUCUCUCCAACAACAAGGAUGCUGCGUAAACCUGGACAACUGUUGCUAACUGGCUGCAUCGCAUUCUGGAGAGGGUGAAAAAGAAUUACUUGAUUAAAAGUGCUUGAACAGAGUGGGAAGCUGCACAUAUAUAUGAGUUUGGUUAGGGUUGUGCGCAGAAGUAUAUUGUGAAGAACUACUUCUACUACUACUUGUUCAAGUUUUCAGCUGCUUUGGGCGAAGAGAUUUUUUAUAUCACUUUCCUUCCAUUUACCUACUGGAACAUAGAUCACUCUGUGUCUAGAAGGAUGAUAAUUGUUUGGUCUAUAGUGAUGUACAUAGGGCAAGUCUCCAAGGACAUCCUGAAGUGGCCUCGGCCCCUCUCGCCACCUGUCGUCAAGCUGGAAAUGAGGACGGAUGCAGAGUAUGGGAUGCCUUCCACCCAUGCCAUGGCAGCUACCGCCAUCUCCUUCUCCUUUCUCAUUGCAACCAUGAACCAGUACAAGUAUCCGUUCGAACUAGGCCUGGUAGCAGCGUUUGUGUUUUCGACGCUGGUAUGUCUCAGCAGGCUUUACACAGGGAUGCACACAGUCCUGGAUGUGAUCGGUGGAGCGCUGAUUUCAGCUGUGCUGCUCGUGCUCUUGUAUCCUGCGUGGGACAUGAUAGAUCACUUGCUGUUAACUAGUCCCUUCUGUCCACUGCUUUCCAUAGUUGUGCCACUUGUCUUAUGUUACAACUACCCCAAACUAGACUAUUACAGCCCUACCAGGGCAGACACCACUACUAUCUUAGGAGCAGGAGCUGGAGCAACUGUGGGAUUUUGGUUAAAUAACCAGUAUGCUGCACCAGCCUACACUGGCAAAAAUUUUCAGCUUGGAUUUCCUCUGAUCACCAGUAAAAUAGUGGUGGUUGUGCUAGCCAGGUUUUUCGUAGGGAUCUUUGUUGUUCUGCUGACACGCCAGCUCAUGAAGAGUGUGGUCCUUGGCAUGCUGGGUUAUCGGUACAAGUUUCCCAUUGGUGACCUGGAAGCCCGGAGACGACUGGAAGUCGAAGUGCCGUAUAAAUUUAUAACGUACUCCUCAGUUGGCUUCAGUGCUACCGUGAUUGUGCCACUGCUGCACAAGCUGUUAGGAUUGAUGUGAGCGCAGUGCCUUCCUUACAAAGUAAUGUAUGGCACCACCAUUUCAGAGAUGCGAUAAGUCAAGCAAGGCUGGUAACUUGACCAGAAAGUGUUUUGUGCCUUUCUGCACUGGUGUGGUGGGUUGACCCUGGCUGGACGCCCGGUGUCCACCAAAGCCGCUCUAUCACUCCCCUUCCUCAGCUGGACAGGGGAGAGAAAAUAUAACAAAAAGCUCAUGGGUCGAGACAAGGACAGGGAGAGAUCACUCGCCAGUUACCAUCAGGGGCAAACCAGAUUCAACUUGGGGAAAUUAAUUUAAUUUAUUACCAAUCAAACCAGAGUAGGGUAAUGAGAAAUAAAACCAAAUCUUAAAAACACCUUCCCCUUCACCCCUUCCUUCUUCCCAGGCUCAAAUUCACUCCCAAUUUCCUCUACCCGCCCCCCCCGCAGUGGUGCAGGGGGACAGCGAGUGGAGGUUACGGUCAG